AUGAGGUGCCAUUCUAACAUCCUUGGUACCGGUUGGCACUAUAGAAUAAUAGGGGGCACAAUAUGGGAUGACAUGUGCAGCGUGGUGCAAGACGCGCCAUUAGAUUUGAGCUGCCGUAGUUCCGACAAACGAACGAAUUUGUUCAACUCGUCCAAGUUUCAAAGAUGUUUACCCUGUCAGACGUGUGGCAAGAAUUUUGACAGGCCCUCGUUGCUCAAGAGGCAUCUGAGAACUCACACAGGUGAAAAACCGCAUGGUUGCGACGUGUGUGGAAAAAUGUUCAGUACGAGUAGCUCAUUGAACACUCAUGUCAGAAUACACACUGGAGAACGGCCACACGAAUGUCCCAUUUGCGGCAAGCGCUUCACUGCAUCGUCAAAUUUGUAUUACCAUCGAAUGACACAUUACAAGGAGAAACCCCAUAAAUGCAACGAAUGCGGUCGUUCUUUUCCAACUCCGGGUGAUUUAAGGGCCCAUGGGUAUUCCCAUAGUGGUAAUUGGCCGAUGCGAUGUUCCGUUUGCAAUCGGGGAUUCUGUAAGCCUGGAGCUUUACAUCAUCACAUGCAAGUGCACACUGGUAAUUAA